AUGUCUACACCAAUCGGUGAUAUGCGGAGCGAAGAGCUCGAAGAUAGGGUGAAAGACCUCGAGGGCUACCUGCGUGGCAUUGAGAAUGGCGAAGGUCCACAGGAACGCGUAAGACGUAUAACCUGGGGCCGGUUGUAUCAAAGGCGUUUAAGUCGCUAACCACGGUUUAACUCGCUAUCCGCCGGAUAAAAUUUAAACGCUCGAGAAAUCGCGUUGUAUCAAGCCUGUUUAGGGCUACCCACCGGUUAAAUUUUGCCUAUCCACUGUGUAAACUUAUACGGUCUCUUGAGACCGUUUAAAUCGCUAUACAGCGGAUAAACUCUGAGUUUGAAGAUAAAACAAUGAUUAUUUCGGAUGAAAAAGCAUGGGAUAGUUAUAAAAAUGCACAAUCAUGUAGAGGAGUUAUCUUUUUAAAUCCAAUAAACAUGAAAAACUCACUUUUAACUGGCUUGGUCUUGAGGUCACUUGCUCACUUGUAAUUCAGUGGCUUUGCUAUAUUUACGCACACCAGUGUCAUGUUUAGAUGUUAAGUAUAUAUACUCCGGCUUUUUCUUCUAUUAUAUAGUUUGAGAACAAGCAGUAAGACUCCCAACUUUAGCUAUUAUAAAACAAACAAUGACUUUGGAAAGCCAACAAGUAUACAAAAUAGACAACAAGACGCCGAAAGUCGAAAAAAAAAAACAACAAACUUUAUUGCAAAAGCUUAGUGGAAUCCACAAGUUAGAUAAAGCUUCAAAAGUUUACAAAGGCCUAGCAACAGCUGACGUAGAGGUAGGAAAUUUCAAGAAAAUCCGGUUUUCUCCGGUUAAAUUAAAGGUUAUCCUACGGAUAGUUAAACGCGGUACUAAACGGGCUUCGUACAACGCAAUUUUAUCGGCCGUUUAACUAUCCCCUGGAUAAGAAAUUUAUACGCUGGAUAGCGGCUAAACACCGUUUAAGUUAAACGCCUUUGAUACAACCGGCCCCAGGGUGGUAAAGCUAGAAGACCAGAUCUGGAUUUUAAUUGCCCAAUGGGCAAGUUUUCAGAUUACUAACAUGAUCUUGUAUCAAGUGUGCUAAUGGUCUUGUUCAGGCAUACCGGAAUGCAUUCGGCAGACUACAUAUCAAAAGUCUUAUUGCCGGAGGUUCUAAUCAAGGUAUAUAUGGACAUUAGAGGGAUCGAUUAUUGUCAGGCCAAGGAUGAGCUUUUUGUGAUGGACAUCACAAAGGUUAGUUACAUGUGCUAAGUUCAUAAGGGGUGUGAAGGAGUAGCCCAAAAUAAUAUGUUUUUAAACACUGUGUUUUAGGAACCGUUCCUAAGCAAGUUUACAUGAAGAGAGGAUGACGAAGUUGUACCGCCCACAGAACAUCUGGAGAGUGAGGAGAAAUCGGCAGGAAAGGUUUGAAAGAGUUGGCAGGAAAGGUUUGAAAUUGUUAUAUCAAUUGUGCUUUUCAUAUCGGUCAGAAUAUUAUUAUUUACCCACAGCCUACUCACCUCACAGCCUACUCACCUGCCAGCAUACUCACGUGGUCAACUAAGAUGGCGGAGCUUUGUAAGCUCUGUAUUUUUUAUGUUAUAUUUCGUUAAUAUUUCGUUGUAUUUAUGUUAUUUGAAGUUUAUUUUGUCUCAAUUAUGUCAGUUAUCACAGCAGAAGUUUUAAAUACUAUUUUUGACCAAAAAUUAGAGCCAUUAAAUAAGAAAAUUGAUGAGGCAAUCAGUUCAAUGUCGUUCAUAAAUGAAAAAUAUGAACAAAUAUUAGUCAAGUUGUCGAAGUUUGAAGAAGAAAAGAAGUCUCUUGUUAAUGAAAAUAAAGCUCUGAAUAAUGAACUUCAAAGAGCUACAAACAAAUUGCAAGAAAUAAUGAAAUCGCAAGACGAUAUGGAGCAAUAUAUCAGACGUGAAUGUCUCGAAAUCCGUGGGAUACCAUGCUUGAAUGAUCAGGAAAAUACUAAUA